UGCAGACUGGAGUUUUAUUCUGUUAUCGCUUCCUGUCCUCCUUUCUCCUACAGAAAUCCGGAUGCAGGAGAGGGUGUUCAUGGGAAUCGGCAGCAAACCCUUUAUAGACAUCGAACACAGCGAGGCGGCCAUCAGUGACAGGGCUAUCAACUGCAUCCCAGCAGGAAAAGAAUGUAAAACACUGCCUCCUGCAAUUCUCCCCGCCUCCUACGAACACCUUCUAUCUCAGAGACCAAACUCAAUUGGCUCAGGAAGCAGCGUGUCAUCUUCUGGCAGCCACUCCUCGUCCUCCUCAGGGCGGGGGUCCCUCCCCCCCCACGGUUAUCACUACAGCCAAUCCCGGCAAGGCGAGGCUAGCCGGGGCUUCUACAGAGCGCUGGGCGGAUUGGAGGAGGAUGAGCUGGACAAUGAAGCUGAGCCCCUCCAUCUCCUGUUGGACAGCUCAGAGUCCUCUGGCGAGAGCAUCAGUGGCUUCAGCAGCUCGGAUAACAGCUGCCUCUCUGUGGUUGGAGGAGAGGCCGAAGAGACCUCCUCCGUCUCCUCCCUGUGCUCCAAACCAAGCUCCUCACCCGAGCCCCAGCAUGACUUAAUAAGACGAGCCCCUCCCCUGUACUACAAACCCAGGUCCUUCUCCGCCACAAGUCCAGAGGCAAAGACAGCGGCACAGCACGCUGGGACGAAUAAGCCUGACGGUGCUCUAAGUGGCCACUCCACAGAGGUGUGAUGGGAGCAGUGUGAGGGCAGAACUGCAGACAGCAAUGCUGGAUGAAGAAUCUGGAGGUGGAAGACACAGAAAACAGGAGGCUACAUUUCUGCAGUACCCUGACAUAGUCACGUACUGUAUACCGUACACACGUAUCUACAAGAGAGUUCCUGUACUGUCUCACUGUAAUGUAUGCUGCAUUUGUUUUCAUGUCCGUGGCGCUUGUUUGGAAUUAUCUGGAGGGCGUUGGGGUCAAUGUCUUUAGCCCAUCAAUAGCAGGUAUGGAAACUUGCUUUCCCUCCAGAAGACAUUUACUGUACCUGAAGGAUGGGUGAGUGAGCAGAGCAGCUAAAUCCUGAGCUGCUGUCUGCUUAUUCCACAGUCAGAUUAAACCAUGCUAGUGCUUAAAGGCUCCAGUGCAAAGCUUACUCAACUUUACAAUGUGGAAUAAAACAAACAAAAAAAAGUGAAAUGCAUUCUUCAGUCGGGUAUUAUGAUAUUCUUAAAUGAAUGCUUCAUCUGGACUCUACUCUUACAUUCAAAUUUAUCAUGGAACAUGGAUUUCCUUUUGGAAAAGUGUAGCUGUUGCAUGGUAAAAAUAAAUAAUGGCUUUCACAUCUUUAACAGCAUUUCUUUGUAUAUAGAGAGAGUUUGGUGUAUUUGCAUACAUUUUAACUAUUAGAAUUAGGAACCAGUACUAUGUUUUUCAGUAUUUUGUGAGAUGCCACUAUAAUCAAGUUUUAGAGUAAGCACUUGGUUACAGUGGAUAAACAGUAUACCGACAUGAACCCUCUUACUGUGGGCAAACCCAAUCUUACACAUCUUUGAGCCACUGUUUGUGUAACAAAUUCCACUUUGUCUAAACUUGUGGUCAAUCAUUUCAAAAGAGCUGUGGGUUUUUUUGCAUAGUAUUUCUUAGUAAUGGAUUCUAGGUUUCUGUUAGUUUUUUUUGGUCUGAUCCCUAACAGUUUGCAGGUUAGUGAUCAGAGCUUGGGCAUAGUGAGAAUCCUGGCCAGUGUUUUUCCCUAUUGUGUAUUUUUGAAACAGAAUUUCUGUUUACAGUACAAUUUCUGAAGUUAUUUUUUUCUUUUUUUAUCAUUACAUUUGUACUUUUAUCAAAUAUCCAAGACUCAGAAAACCCUGCUUUUUGAUUUAAAAAAAAGUUUUAAAAAAAUGUAAAAAUAAAAUGGGCUAGUGCGUUUUUGUUUCUUUUUUUGUUUCUUUUUUUAAAACAGAAAUACAUUAAAGUUUUUAGUGGAUCAAUUGCUAUUUAAGGCAGAUUCUAUUGAUGCAUGUUUUUAUUAAAUCCAAACCCACUCAUUUUAUAUUGAUUACAAACACUGCUGUUCUUGAAAAUCAACCAGAAAAUACAAAAUGUAAAAAAAAAUAAAUAAAUAACACACAUGAACUGAAACAAUUAAAACAGCAUUUGAAACUAAAACAUUUUUCAAAAUCUCUCUCUUUUUUUAUAAUACUUCUCUUCCAUUGAAGGGAUCUACUGAAAUUGACCACUAUUACAACAUAGGUGAAAGGAAUUACCAAUCGAUGCCCUUCUUAACUCUUGGGGGUGCUUUUUUUCCCCCUGGUUAUUCAAAGCUAAUGUGAUUACUUGAGGGAUGUUCAAUAAAAAAAAAGCUGUAUUAUUGUCUAUAGUGACAUUCUAUGUGUUUUUAAAUAGAACCAACAUGAACACCUAACGCAAUCUGAAAAAAAAAACCCAAAACUUUAUAGCAAAUUGCUGAUCAGCAGGUCUAAGAACUUUCUAACAUACAUGGAAGCUAUAGAAAAAUAUGUUUAAAAUAUAGCCACUUUUGGCAGUGCUAGUACGUACAGUUUAUUUAUUUUUUUAAUAUUAUUUCUGACAGUAUUGCAGCAAGUGAAUGGCUAAGGAAAAGGAAGAAAAAACAACAAGGUCUUCAGCAAUGUCACCACACUGUAAAUGUCUUGUUAAUUUUUUUCCUCUUUUCUCAAAUGGUCAAUCGGGUAACAAAGUUCUUCUGGGCCCAAUUUUUGUUUUAUAUAAAUCACCGAUAUAACGUUUUUUAAAUAAAUUUGAUUACAGACUAAUGUACUGUAAAGGGGCGACACGCAGACAAUGAUGGCAGCCUUUUCUUUAAGCAACUCCUUUUUGUGUGCAUUAGCAAAGAAUGCAGAUUUUAUAUGCAUCAUUUGGGAUUGCACUGGAAAGGACUACAGUGCUACUAUAGAACCAGACUGUGAUAAACUGCGCUCUGAAAACUACAGAACACUGAGUAAAGAAGACACUGUCUUCACAAUAUCGGGGUUCUAUCACAGUUGGCUAAUGGUCUGAAAUGCUACAGUUCCUCAUUUAGAUGUGCCUGUAUUUUCUCUGUAUGAUUCAAUGUAUGUUCAGGUUCAAUGAUCCUAAAGGUUGUAUUACAUGUAUGUGGUACCUAUUGUUCUGAUUGGGUCCCUUCCUCUGAGUGGUGGAGUUGUAUGUUGUCCUCAUGUCAUUUCUCAGACCCAUAUUUAUUGAAAUUGCUUUCUUGCUUGUUGUGUAGAGAUCGGGCUGCUUCUGGUUCGGUUUUCCCCUCGGAAUAAAAAAAUGGGUUUAUGCAAAUGCUUGAAAUGCAAAAUAAAAAUGAAAAAGUAAAACAAAAUAA